AUGCAGCGGGACAAUAAAACUCCUCUCAUCCAGAAAAUAGCGAAACAAGCCUAUACGACAUUCAAAGGCUUGAAGUCGUCUGCCAACGGGGAUAAUGAAGUCGUUGAGGACAAACUCAAUGAACUAAUCUCCUUAUUGACUGCCGUCAGGGCUGCCGACCUGAAAAUUACUCCUCGGAAAACCAAAGCGAGCUCUGGGGCAGCAAGACUCCACAGCCCCCCGGUCACCUACAUGCACAUUUGCGAGACGGAGGUGUUCAGUAUGGGGGUGUUUCUACUAAGGACGGGCGCCUCCAUACCGCUGCACGACCACCCGGGGAUGAAUGGGAUGCUCAAGGUUCUCUAUGGAACGGUGAACGUCCGCUGCUGUGACAAGCUGGAGAAAAACCUGACUGUAAGCACCGUCCCACCUGUGUUUGAUCCCCCAUUAGCCCCUCUGCAGAUGGCCUCCGUGUGGCGUGCCAUGCUCGGCUCAGUUGUUGAGUACUCGGAAAACAGCGGGCCAUGUCUCCUUACUCCUGUGCGCAAUAACCUACAUCAGAUCUAUGCGGUGGAUGGGCCCGCCGCCUUUCUGGAUAUCUUGGCACCUCCAUACAAUCCAGAUGAUGGGCGGGACUGUCACUAUUACAAAGUCCUGCAAAGUGCAUUAGAAACUGAAACUGAUGUAAAAGGUCAUCAGGAACAGCAGGGAGAAAAGGAGAAAGAAGAGGAGGUGUGGCUCUUAGAAAUCCCUCAGCCAGAGGACUUCUGGUGUGGUGGGGAAUCCUAUCCAGGGCCUGAGGUCUCUGUCUAAUGGAAGCCUGUGCUCAAAUCUACACUACAGAAUAUGACAGACUUAACAUUGUGACAUCCAUCCAUUCACAAGAGGGAACUUUUUGUUUUGCUUUCUUCCACAAGGAAACAAAACAGUGGAGUCAUUAUUAUCUCAAAGUUGAAAGGACUGACUGCUUUUCUGUUUCAUAAGGAUGCUACAGCAGGGCAGAGGCAUACAGAGACAGGGGCUUAAAGUGACAGCCCUCUUGGAAUAAGGACCACUGAACAAUCUUCCACAAAUGCUAAAUAUCCCUGUGUUACUGGGAGAAGUGUUGACAUAAGGAAUUCUCAUUUCUAAUAAGGAGUUGUGCUUCAGACCAUUAUGCUGCCUUGUAUACUCAUGAAUAUUAUCAGCUCAGCCUUGUGAAUGGUGGAGGAUCAUUAAGAUCUCUGCCAUAUAUUGUGAAGCUUGGAAAGCUCUUUGCUCAUUAUCAUUUCUUUCUGCUGCAGAGGACCUCCACAUCGUGAUGUGAAUUGAUGCCAAAGCCUGUAGCCCCACUCCUAUCUGCCUUAUGUGUGUUUAAUGAAUGUAUACUUUUAAAGAAAACCGUUUCUAUCGUACCCUCUUAUUUCUUCGUCCACGUUGCACACACUGCAUUAUAUUUACUUUAUUCUCUUUUUAUGUUUUUUGGCUUGUUCAGGAUAAAAUCCUUGCUAAACAGGUUUGGUCAGUUAUCGGGGAUUGCUACAGUAUACUAUCAUUUAACUGAAUGAAAUUGGACAUUACGGUAAUUUUUAAAAAGUGUUAAAAAUGGAAGCUGUGUUGGAUAACUUUAAAAUUUUGAUGAUAUAAAGCCAGCACUCAUUUUCAUUGUCUUUCACAUGUAGCUUAAAUAAUUCCAGUCUGUAUGCUGCUUUAUGUUACUUAAGCUCUUGACUCUCCUUUGGCCUACAUUUAUCUUCAUGUAUGUCUAUGUGUCAGU